UCUAUGAGAUAGAGCGUUAGGACCCGGAAGCGCUGCCGCGUGACGUCAGACUUAACAACCGAAUUUCCGCUUUCUCUGGUUUCAACGGAAAUCUAUGGGAGUGUCGCAACUUAUUUUCAACGGCUACAUGUGAUGUGACGUUCAGGAAAUAGCCUACCUUUAAUUUUUAUAUUGCACAAAGUAACCGUGAAUAUUGGAUUUGGGGAAGACAUGGAUCUCAUCGCUUCAGAUUUACCAGCGGAAAAAAGAAAGCAGCUCUGUGCCUCACUGGGGAAUGUGGAACUGACUCUUCUCUACAAAGCUUCUGUUCAUGGAUAUCACGCUUCUUCCUUCCACCAGCGAUGUGACCGUCAGGGUCCAACAUUACUUGUAGCCUACAACCUUUCAGGCUACAUCUUUGGUGGAUACACUAGUGUAGAUUAUACUCAAUGUGGCAAGCAAAUUACAGAUAAGGAAGCUUUCCUGUUCAGCUUUCAAGAUAAAGAUGAAGAGGUAGAGAAAGAUGAAGAGGAAGAUGAAGAGGAAGAUGAAGAUGAAGUCCUACACUGCAUCAAAGUUAACCGUGGAAAUAGUGCACGUUUUGAUGACGCUGGAAUGCCCAACUUUGGCAAACAGUUGUACUUUUGCUAUGAAAAUCAACCAGUUGUUUUUAAUCAGCGGGGUCAAUCAUUCAGUUUUACUGCUAGUAAGUUGUAUGGGAACAACACUGAGCUGACUGAAUGUGAGGUGUACAAAGUCAAAGAGAUCAUUCAGGUUAGUUUCAAAGAGAAGCCAUGGAGGAAUAUUCUUUGGAAAGCUAAACGAAAAGCGGAGCUCAUGGAAUUGAUAAGGAAUCAUAAACCCCUGAUAACAUCUGUCAGCCGUGUUCGAAUCCUAAUGAUCGGUCCUGUAGGUGCUGGAAAAUCCAGUUUCUUCAACUCCAUCAACUCUGUCUUCACUGGUCAUGUGACUAACAAAGCCAUGUCAGGAUCUGCAGGCACUAGCCUCACCACACAGUUUCGCACAUACCCAGUGAAAGACGGUCGUGAGGGAAAGCCACUGCCGUUUGUGUUGUGUGACACCAUGGGACUCGAGGAGCAAUCAGGUGCAGGACUGGAUAUUGAGGACAUCAGCAGCAUUCUUCAAGGUCAUGUACCAGACCGCUAUAAAUUCAACCCCACAGCGCCGUUUAAACCAGAUGAGCAAAAGGCCUCCAAACCUGCAUCUCUACAGGAGAAGAUCCACUGUGUGGUGUACGUGAUAGACGCCACCAAAAUCUCCCUCAUGUCUGACAAACUAGAGGAAAAACUUGCUGUCAUACGCAGUCAAUUGAACUCACAGUGCAUUGCUCAGAUGGUCUUGAUGACAAAAGUAGAUGAAACAUGUCCUCAUGUGCAGAAUGACCUUGAAAAUAUUUAUGCAAGUUCCUACAUCAAGGCGAAGGUUCAGGAGGUGAGCUCUCGGUUGGGUGUGCCGGUGUCUUGUGUGUUACCGGUGAAGAACUACAGUCAGGAGCUGGAGCUGGAGCUCAACUGUGACGUCCUGCUACUCACCGCUCUACAGCAGAUGCUUCGUUUUGCAGAUGACUAUCUGGAUGAUGUUGAUCCCAUUUAGGCUAUUAAACGUUCUGCAUAUUAUAGAUCCGGAUAUAUACCUCUUGAUCAGCACAAUCAGUCAUCUUAAAUCAGAAGAUUGGCUAUUUUGUUUUGUUUGUCCAUUUUGGUUUUUUUCAUAAUCAUACAAUAACCAUUUAAUAAAAUGAUCAGAACAGCAAACAAAUAUCACUUAAGCUGCACAUUACAAAAUAAUUGUUGCUUUUGUAGUUGCUUGUUAUAUUGUUAGGCGACGAUCAGGUUUGUAGUAUACUAGAAUGGUAUGUUAGAAUUGCAAAUUAUAAGAAAAACUGAAUUCAAGAUGCUAAAAACUAUAUAAGCGUUUGUUAAAUAAUUUCUUAUUUCUUGGGCUUCACUUUGUGACUUUCUUUGUGUCUUGGGAUUUUUUCAUUGUGCACAUCAUGUACCUACCUAGACAAAACAAGUAGUAGUAGUCCUUGGACACACUGACACUCUCACACGUAACCAGAAGUCGAAGACACACACAUUUACACACAUACAUUUCUUAUUUGUUAUUAUAUUUCUUGAAAUGCCAUACAUGGUAAGGUUUGAUUAUUAAGUCAUAUGAUUGGAUGCUCAAGCCAUCCUGGAGAUUGUUGUUUGACAUAUGUCUAUAAAUAUGACCCUUCUUCCUGAAUAAAUCUGAGAAUGCUUUGUACCACACUUGAUCUGUGUCUGC